UGUGUUGAAGCAUAAGGAAGAAAGUCAUCAGAAAAAUGUGAGAGGGAGACCGACUCAUUCUGAGGCGAGGAACAUGAGGCAAAAACAUAAGGUGGAUUCACCUGAUCUGGAAGAGGACGAGAAACACGAGAAGAACUCUACCAGAGGGAAUAAAAAAGAUUCAAGACAAAGGAGAGCUGCGAAUGAGAGAGACAAGGAGGGAAAAGUCAAAAAAAGAUCACAACCUCAAGGAGACAGUAGAAGAAAGACGAGCAAAGCGAAACCCGUGAUCGGAUCAUCUACGACAAAACCAGCAAGGCCCCGAAAUGAGGUGUCCACUGAACCGGAACACAAAAGAGGUGACAAAGUGAAUUCAGAGAGUAUUGCACAAACCUCAGAGGAGGCCACAGAAGAGGAAUUGAGCAAUGAGGAGGAGGAGCUGAGCUGUAAUGAAGAGCCGCAGAGGAGCGAAGAGGAGGAGGAGGCAUCAGACAUGCACAGAGAUGGAGAACAGGUAGCAGACAAGGAGUCGGACAAUGACCUUUCAGAAGAAGACAACACCAGAAGUGACUCAGAGGUGAAACUGGUCAAAUCCAGCACAGAGGAACGUCAGAACGAGGCGGAAGAAAAAGACAAACUCAACAGUGACGUGAGUGAAGAUGAGAAAAUGAGCCAGGAGAACGCGUCUGAAAAGACCACACUAGAUGAAACCAGCAGCGAACCUGUGAAGGUCACAGAGCGGCAGAAAAGCAAGAUGCUUAAAAAAACCAAAGCCGAUAAGAAGGUUGAGAAGGCCGAGAGAAGGAGGGCUAAAGCUGAAAGGCAAAGGGCAGAAAAAGAAGCCAAACGAAAAGCUAAAGAAGAAAAGAAGAAAAGGAAGGAAAACAAAGAAAAGUCCAAGUCUGCAAGUAAAAGUACACAACGAACAAAUGUUACCCACAACAAGGCAGAUGCAGCAAAAUGCAAAAUACAAAUCGGACAAGCUGCGAACAAGACAAAAAACGGUGAGAAAAACUCUGAUCCAGAGAUCAAAGAGGCUGAACCAGCAGAGUCCAAAACCACGAAAGGCCAAGAGCUCGAUACCGUUCUGGACCCUGAGUGUGCAGAAGAUGAGCAACAGAAGGAUCAAAGUGACGUGAGGGCACGAGCUGGAGGUGCUUUCCUGAGGAAGGCGAGGAUAGCGUCACUCCGACAAACUGCAAAUAAAAUGACGGCAAAAUUGGAAGAGGAAACCUCAGAGAUUGAGUCAGUCGAAUGCGAUUCCAACAAACCAAAGGACCGUUUGAUCGCUCCACGAAAAGGUAUGACAACUCUUCGCAGAGUGUCCGGUUGGAUUCAGAAGAAAAUGCCAAAGGAGUUGAACUUGAGAAAAAAGCUUUGCGCUUGGACUAAAGCUAUUGGAGCCUCCCGCUGGCUCGCCCUUCAGACCCAAAGGGAGAAGCAAGGCAUCGAGAAACCCAAGAGCAAUCUUCUGAAGCACAGAAUGGCCAUAAGAGUUGCCAGUAGAAGCACUCUGGCCAGUCGGAAACCCAGGAACUCCUCUGAAAACAAAAUGGAAAUGGAGAUCCUACAAAAGGCAGGAGAGGGAGGUGAAGAAGCAGCCCCAAGUGGAGAAAAAGAGGCAGAGGCCAAAUUUGCUGCUGUUCUACCCAGGAUGAACAAAGUGGCACAGCCAAAAACAAACCAAGACCUUAAAAAGGCUUCUGGACCUUCUACUCCAUCAAGCUCCACUGCAUCAACUGGAGAAGCUUCUGCCUCCGAGAACAAAACGAAACCCCCUCAACCAGGUGCCAGGCUUGUUCUUCCUGUCAAACCAGAUCUUAGCAUUCUGAAGUCCAUGAAGAUGCCCUUGCCAGGAGGAUUAACAUCAGGUGGAGACCUGGCUGAGAGGAACUCAUCAUCCAACACAGAGAACAGAAAUAGGAGAACGGGCCAAAACAAUCAAGAUGGAGUCGGUGUGCUCCAGCUUUCAAAAGGUAAAAUGAACUCCUCUCAAGUCAACCUGACCAAGAUGACCCUUGGAACAAAUCGAGCCAAUGUUCAGAUCGAAGAGAAGGAGGCUACAGCUGAUGUACCAAGGUCCACCAUGCAGCCUCUUACAACAGUUGAGGGAGGUGUGGUGAUGUCGGGGGUGCGUUCUUUAUACGAAGAAGAGGCGGACAGAGAAGUAGCUCAGCUGAUGGGCGAGGGGGGUAUAUAUCCUGUUGGUCCACAAGGAUUGCACUGGGCUGGGAACCCACAGAUGAGUGGAGACCCCCAGGACUGGCUGCGUGCUGAGAACCUCUUGCCUUAUCAGACGGUGGAGAAACUAACCAAAUGGACAGUUUAUGACAACGGAGGACAGGUCAGGACUGUCCCUGCCCACAACGGCAGGGGCCCAUGGGAAUCGGAGGACCCCAAACAGGACAUGCUGGAGAGUCGCCUGGCCAGCACACAGGUGGUGAUGCCAGGCAGCAAAAGAGCUGUCGAGGUGGAUGAGGUGGAGGAUCUGUCCCAGCUGGAGUGA